AUGUUGACAAAAAGCGCCCUCGUCACGCUGCUCGGUGCUGCUUCAUCCGCCGCGGCCGACGUGUAUACCGUUCCCUCGCAGCCCAAUGCCAAUGGCGAGCCUCUCGAUGGCUUCGUGAGCUACUCAAUUGAGUUUGCUUCAUUCCCCGAUUUUGCCGGCAACAAGUCGUCCCCAAACACGUUCUCCUACAACCUCAUCAACAACCUCGGGGCUCUUCAAGGACACAAGCCGUAUAUCCGCGUCGGUGGCAACACCCAAGAUUACGCGCUCUACAAUGCGUCUCAAAAGGCAUCCCUGAUCGGUAUCGUCGAUCCCCACAGGUCGCCCGACUACCCGACCACCAUCCACAUUGGUGACGCCUACUUUGAGUCCUACGGCACUUGGCCCGGCGUCCAGUUCUCUCACGGCUUCAACCUCGGCCUGGGUGCCAACAGAUCAGAGGGAUGGGAGACCCUCGCCGACACGGUUCCGUUGGCCUGCAAAGCCCUUAGCCACGGCAACAUAUACACAUGGGAGUACGGCAAUGAGCCUGAUCUGUUCUCGACGUCGGCGCAGGGCCCUGUGCGCCCCUCGAACUGGAACGAGAGCACGUAUGCUUGGCAGUGGCUCAAUGGCACGGCCGAGAUCACGAAGCAGGUCAAGAAGCACUGCCCGACUUUGGCUCUCUUCGGAGGUCCCAAGUUUAUGGCUCCUUCGUUUGCCGGCACUGGCAACCACCUCAAGGCACCGCUCACCUUCCAAGAUGGUAUUGACAAGAACAAGAACAUUGAGUAUUUCUCAACCCACAACUACAUCAGCGGCGCCACCUCUCUCGGCGUCACCCUGCAGGGCACCCUGAUGAACCACAACAGGACCGUAAGCUCCGUUCAGAGCCAUCUCCCAGAGUACAACGCCAUUUUCACCACUGCUCAGGCCCAAAAGGCCACUCCCCUCAUCUUUGGCGAGUGCAACUCUCUCUACAACCAGGGCAGGCCUGGUCUGUCCAACACCUUUGGAGCCGCGCUCUGGGGCAUUGACUUCAAUCUCUAUGCCGCUUCGGUUGGCUUCAAGCGCGUCCACAUGCACAUGGGCACCAACUACCGUUACCAAGCUUGGCAACCCGUUGAGACCGAUCUGGCCUCCAGGGGCACCAAGGCCCCCUACUACGGCAGCAUCGCCGUCGCCGCCACGCUGGGCAACCAGGAGCUCCUCCCUGUCAGCAUCACCAACAUCCAACUGACCGAUACUCGCGAGGCCGCCUACGCAGCUCACUACUCGAGCGGUCUUCUCAAGGGCCACCUCGCUCGCCUCACCGUCCUCAACAUGCGCGGCUACAACACCACCGUCGACGGCGAGGGGCUCGAGUCUGUUCCUAACCCUCCCCCUCGCCCUAGCCAGACGUACACUUUCGCCGUGAACGCCCGUAACGGAGCGCAUGUUGGCGUGCAGCGUCUGCUGGCGAACGGAAGUGAUGCUAUUACUGGUAUUACUUUUGAUGGAUGGAGCUACAACUAUGAGCUUGCAAAGGGCAAGCCUGUGAGGCUGCAUAACGUGACUGUGGGAGAGACUGCGGUUGUGCGAAACGGACAGGUUACGGUUGAGGUGCCGGAUUCGUCGGCUGUUUUGCUCAACUUUCCUCUGUUGUGA